AGGCCGCCAUGUAGUAACGCUGGUUAGCCGUGCUGCUACAGCGCGCUGGCGUAUCAUACUGAUGUGAUUGGCUGACAGGGUUCCUUCCUGUCCAGGCGGAAGGAGAAGCGGCAACAGUUACCGUGAGACGAUUUAUCUGAAUUGCCGUGAGACGAUAGGACUUUUGACAGCUCAGAAGGAUUCUGCUCACAAGAUUGCCGACGGGGAAGUGAUUUGUGACAUAUGCUUACGUACUGUAAGAGGAGAUGAAUCGCACAGGAGCCGAGAUUCCCACAGUAUCUCACAGAAUGUUCACCUUUGAAGAAACCCAGAACAGCAAGCAGGAGUCGCUGAGCGUGUCCAUACCCGAGGUCGGAUGUGACCGAGGGGUGAAGGAGCGAGACGAAGUACUUGUGAGCAUUCCAGACGGAGAGAGUCGUGAUUGGUGCAGAUUGUAAUUGACAGAUUGGUGAUGAAGAAGUGAUGGGUAAGUUCGGCAUCCGGGAAAGGAACUCGGAGGGACAGAUGGCGGUAGACUUUGCAAAAAGGAUGGAAAUGGCUGUAGUGAACACUUUCUUCCAGAAGAGGCAGGAACAUAGGGUGACCUCCAAGAGCGGUGCUAAGAAAAUGUCAAAUGUCCAUGUCCUGGAUGCGCAGUACGGCAUGUACGUGUGGCCCAGUGCGGUGGUGUUGGCUCAGUACAUCUGGAGCAGAAGAGCGGACGUGAAGGACAAGACGGUGCUGGAGCUGGGCGCAGGUGUCAGUCUUCCGGGCGUGCUGGCAUCCCGCUGCGGCGCCAAGGUCAUCCUGUCCGACGCCGCCGAUUCGCCGGCGUGUUUGGAGAACUGCAGACGCAGCUGCGAGGCCAACGGUCUGUGUGACGUGCUCACGCUGCCUCUCACCUGGGGGGAAAUCUCCCCCCGCCUGCUCCGGCUUCCACGCCUCCACCUCAUCUUGGCGUCCGACGUUUUCUACGAGCCACGAGAUUUUGAGGACAUCCUAGUCACUGUUGCUUUUCUUCUGCGAAAGAACCCCAAUGCUCAGUUUUGGAUGACUUACCAGGAACGAAGUGCUGAUUGGAGCAUUGAGGCGCUGCUGCACAAGUGGAAGCUGGCCUGCGUGGACGUUGACCUGGCAACCUUUAGCGCCAACAAAUCAGAGCUGGCAGGAUCCAGCCUUCCCGGCAGCCACGGCAUUCAAAUGAUGAUCGUUACGCACGAGACGGACACGGACGCGUGAAAGGCCAGGUCUUUCCGCCUCCUAAAAAAAGCCCCAAAAGAGCAACUGGAAGUUUGAAGUUUAUUUUAUUUUGAAAAAAGGGACAUAUAUAUGUAUAUUGAUAAAACAUUGUAAAUAUGCAAGAUUAUAGCCAAUGGCUAAUUUCCAGAUUUAGUCCAAAGGAGACAAAGACCAAGCAGGUGUGGCGCCAUCUUUUUGGUCUUCAUCUAUGGAGCUUUGUUGAACGUGAUGGAGACGACAAGCAAGCGGAAUUGUCCGACAAGAGCCAGAUGUCCCCUGACAAGUUCAUGAACACCGUUGGCUGCGUUUGUUUCUUUUUCUUCUCUCUCUUUGUUCGAUUAGUCGAGGUAAUGGAGACUUUUCUUUCCACCUAUUUCAAGGAUCCAGGACAGGUUGAAAGAUGACAAUUCAAUGAAACGUUGAUUUUAAAAUCACUAUUGACUAUCUGUGACAUACUGUUGACACUGGGCCUUUCUCUGAAUGUCGUUAUUUUUCCAGCAGUUGAAUGACAACACGGCUGAUGGGAUGAAAACAUUUGCAAACAGCCGUAAUCUUCAUUUCUCCUUGUGUUUUAUAUAUAUAUAUAUUUUUUUUUAUUUAUUCAAAUUAACGCCCCAAGGGUCCCACGACCACUCGGAACACUCUUAACAGUCAACAGAGCCUGGAAUAGUAUUCAGUUUUUGGAGUGUAAUGAUGAUGAAGUUUUAAGACCUAAUUAGUCAACUUUAUUUUUGCUUUGUUAAAUAGCUUUUGUCACCUUGUUUCAGGUACCUCUAAUUAUAAAAUAAUAAACAAUGAAAACCUCUGA